AUGUCAUUAACAAAUUCUUCAAAAAUAUUUAUCGGGAGCAUACCUAAAGAUGUUACGGAGGAGGAGCUUAAAGCCGAGGCAUCCAAAUACGGCACAAUAACGCAAGUGUAUUACGUACCUGCAACUGCUCAAAGUCCAAGGGGGUGGGCAUUCAUCACUUAUGAACAGAGGUCAGAAGCAUACAAAGCUAUUGAAGCUUUAGAUUAUAAGUGUAUAUUUCCAAAUAGCCAAAGGCCUUUAGAUGUACGAUUCGCUAGCUAUAAAUAUAAUAACUCAAAUGAUAUGCAAGCAUCAUCAAAUAAGAAUAUAUGGCAAAAACAUGUAACAUCAGACGGACAUCCUUAUUAUUAUAAUUCUGUUACUGGUCAUUCACAAUGGGAAAAACCGAAAGAAAUAACACAAACUAAUUAUACUGGGAAAAGUGGAGUUGCAUCUUUCGGUCCCCCUGUAAGCGCAAGAAUACAAAGAGAUUCCAAUGGCAGAAACAAAGGGUAUGGAUUUGUUAGUUUCAAUAAUACAGAGUCUGCAUUAAAUGCAAUUAAGGGUAUGCAUGGAUUUUAUGUAUCAGGAAAACAUUUAAAAGUUCAGUUGAAAAAAGGAGAAGAACAUUAUGUACAGUUAAAUCAGUCUACACAACCACAGCUUACCCCUGCUCAACCAUAUACUGUACAACAGCCAAUGAUGGGAAAUCAUCAUCAACCUUAUAUGACACAUUUAAUGUAUGGAGGUAUGGAUUCUCCCAAUCAGAUGAGAUAUAACACAUAUUCAUUAAGUAGAUAA